AUGCUACCUCUGCCAUGCGCCCCGGACUCCAGCUGGAGCAGGUUCCGGCAGCAGCUCGCCGCUGUCUUCAACGGCGUUGACCCUCGAGUCUUCACGGCCUUUUGGCUAUUCGGCUUAAUAAAUAAUGUUCUCUAUGUUAUCAUUCUCUCUGCGGCACUCGAUCUCGUCGGGCCCAGCGUCCCUAAGGGCGUUGUUCUGCUCGCAGACGUGGUCCCGUCCUUCUUCACCAAGCUAUGCGCUCCAUAUUUCAUCCAUAUUGUCCCUUAUCCCAUCCGCAUCCUCAUAUUCGUCGCAUUAUCCACGCUCGGCAUGUUUCUGGUUGCCUUGUCGCCAGCCUAUGACGCAACUACUGCCAAUAGUUCGAUAACAGCCAAGAUGGUGGGAGUGAUGCUGGCAAGCCUCUCUAGUGGUGGCGGAGAACUCAGCUUUCUCGGUCUUACACAUUUUUUUGGACCGUUUAGUUUGGCUGCAUGGGGUAGCGGAACGGGCGCUGCUGGAUUGGUGGGAGCCGGUGCCUAUGCUUUGGCUACUACAUCAUUCGGCUUUUCUGUCAAGACCACGCUCCUGGCUUCCGCUCUUUUACCAGCAGUGAUGGUGAUAAGCUUCUUCGGUAUACUGCCAAGGGGCCCCAUGUUGCAGAUCAGGAAUGGGUAUCAGACUAUUCAAGAAGUAGAGCGAGGAGAGCUUAGGCGAGAUGAUGUUCGGCGGCCGCUGGAUGAUGAGCGUUCGUCGCAUACUAAUGAUGGGAGCGAUGGCUUACUUGCAGACACUGACAAUGUUGAUGACUUGAAACAUGCACCUCCGCAGGAUAAAGGCCUAUCAUGGCAGCUUUUCAAGGCGAACCUGAACCGUGCUAAGAGUCUAUUCUUUCCAUUUAUGUUUCCUCUGCUGCUUGUCUACAUUGCAGAGUAUACCAUCAACCAAGGCGUCGCGCCUACACUCCUCUUCCCACUCCAGGAAAGUCCUUUUAAGCACUUCCGUGCCUUCUAUCCAACAUAUAACGCCAUCUAUCAGGUCGGAGUGUUCAUCUCGCGGUCCUCAACCCCCUUCUUCCGCAUCCACGACCUGUACUUACCAUCAUUUCUCCAAGUAUUCAAUCUCGGUCUACUGACCCUGCAUGCACUGUUCAAUUUUAUCCCAAACGUCUACAUUGUCUUCCUCAUUGUUUUUUGGGAGGGUCUCCUAGGCGGAUUGGUAUACGUCAAUACGUUCGCGGAGAUCACCGAUCGCGUACCAAAGGAGGAACGAGAAUUUUCUUUGGGGGCAACCACCGUCAGUGACUCGGCAGGCAUUUGCAUUGCAGGUAUGUUGAGUAUGGUUUUUGAAGUCUGGUUAUGUAACUGGCAGGUUUCCCAUGGGCGAGAUUAUUGCAAGAAGACAUAG